UUAUAAGAAAUAAAUCCAGAUUGGUAGCACAGGGUUAUAAUCAAGAAGAAGGCAUAGACUUUGAUGAAACUUUUGCACCUGUAGCUAGAUUGGAAGCAAUCAGAUUACUGUGUGCCUAUGCUGCCUCAAAAGGUUUUAAAUUGUACCAAUUGGAUGUAAAAAGUGCUUUUCUUAAUGGGGAUUUAAAAGAAGAAGUGUAUGUUGAACAACCCCCUGGCUUUGAAGACCCUGAACAUCCUGACUAUGUUUAUAAAUUGAAUAAAGCCUUGUAUGGUCUGAAACAAGCUCCACGAGCUUGGUAUGAUAAGCUAAGUCAGUUCUUAAUCAAAGAUGGAUUUUGUAGGGGUCAAGUAGACAAAACUCUGUUCAUAAAAAAUCAGGGAGAACACAUUUUGUUAGUACAGGUGUAUGUAGAUGAUAUAAUCUUUGGAUCCUCAAAUCAGGAAAUGUGCAAAAACUUUGAAAUCUCUAUGAAAGGUGCCUUUGAAAUGAGCCUCAUGGGUGAAUUAAAUUUCUUCCUAGGUCUGCAAAUUAAACAAACAGGCAAGGGCAUCUUUAUCAGUCAGACAAAAUAUUUGAAUAACAUGCUAAAACAUUUUAGUUUUACAAAUUUAAAAGCUGCAUCCACUCCUAUGGGUUCCUCAACCAAACUCACUAAGGAUGAAUCUGGAAAACCUGUAGACAGUCGUCUAUUUAGGGGAAUGAUAGGGUCUCUACUAUAUAUGACUGCUAGCAGGCCAGAUAUCAUGUAUAGUGUCUGUGUGAGUGCUCGGUUCCAAAGCUGUCCUAAAGAAAGUCAUUACUCUGCCAUCAAAAGAAUCUUUAGAUAUCUUGUUGGAACUCCUAGCUUAGGACUCUGGUAUUCUAGUGAUUCUAGCCUGGAACUAAUUAGCUACAGUGACUCUGACUAUGCUGGUUGUUCAGUAGAUAGAAAAAGCACCUCAGGAGCUUGUCACUUUCUAGGUUCCUCUCUCGUUUCCUAGUUUAGCAAGAAACAGAACACUGUGGCUCUCUCUACUGCAGAAGCAGAGUAUGUAGCAGCAGGGUUCUGUUGCACACAACUUCUCUGGACGAAAUAUCAGCUUAGUGAUUAUGGCAUUCAGCUUGGCUCUCUACCAGUCAUGUGUGAUAACACAAGUGCUGUUAAUAUGACCAAAAAUCCAAUUCAGCACUCUAGAACUAAACAUAUAGAAGUUCGUUAUCAUUUCAUCAGGGAUCUAGUUCAAGAUGGUCAGAUUCAUCUUCAAUUUAUUAACACUGAUCUUCAAUGGGAUGAUAUCUUUACUAAGCCUUUAGGGGCUGAAAAGUUCCUAACUAUUCGUAGAGAACUUGGCCUAUUCUCACUGGAAGAGAUUUCUCUAAUCCCUUAGAAUCAGCACUGAUUGAUAAAUCAAUCGUUAAAUUGAUUCUUCUCUCAUUAAAAUCUUGCUCUUUCCUCUAUUACCUCUCGAUGAUGACCUUAUAUAGGCAGUUUUCUCCAGUCCUUCUCUUCAUCCUUACCUUCUCUACGAUUUCACAGAUCCCUUGUCUUCCAAAAUGGCUCCUAUUAACUUUCAACUGCAUCCUGCAGUCACCUUUAACAAGGGUUUUCACAAUCCAGCGCGCUAUGAGCGCUAUCUCAACCACUUUCGCCAUCGCCCCCUUUAUCCUUCGUUCACUAUUCAUCCUUCUUCCUUCCAAAAAUAUGGCCUAAAUAUCUCUGGGCUUAUUCACAAUCUUGGAUGGGAUUCUCUUUUUGAGAAUCGGCGGUUUAGUAAAUGUCCCGAGGCAGUGAGGUUGUUUUAUGCCAGUCUGAAGAGAGGUCCUGGCCCAAGUCCUUCCUCAUUUACCACGGUGGUGUAUCAUCAUGAGAUACUGGUCACACCCUCAUUGCUGGCUGAAAUUCUAGGGUUUCCCUGUCAAGGAUCCUCUGCUGCCACCAAUGAUGACUUUGCUGAGAUUCGAUUUGACUAUGGGUCUGCAUUGAAAUCUCUUACCCUCAACAUUGGUCGUCGUUUCUCUAAUAUGCUUUCAGCAAGCCGACUCGCAGAUCUAUUUAAAGUAAUGCACUUUUUCAUUACCCGCGUUCUGCUCCCUCGCAGCGUGUCGAGUUCUGAGUUAGCUCAUCCUUCGGAUGUCUGGAUCAUGGCCAAUGCACGUGAACGAAUUCCCCUCGAUUUCUCAUCACUUAUGUUUGCUCACAUGAUUAAGUAUGGAGAUGAGAACUACUCUGGUCCACUUCCCUUUGGUCCUCAGAUUACUCGCUUCCUCUACAAUCUUGGCAUUGAUCUUUCUGACAAGAUCAUUGUUUGUGAUAUUCGGGAGGAUUUGCAUGCACAGCAUGUCCUUGUUCGUGUCAAUGCUUCUGUUGGCAGGAGGAAGCCUGUCAUUCGCUCAGGGGGAGAGCAUACUGCUGUUUUUGCAAAUCAGCUGGUUUAUGCACAACUAGAUGCUGCAUCAGUGGCAUUGGAUCAGAAAAUUAAAUCUUUCAAAAGCGAGGAGCUCUUGAGCCUAGAACAUUGCAAGGCACAAAUUGAACUAGCUAAGGUAGCUGGACCGAGUAGCUCGCAGGAGGAAGAUGGUGUGUCUGAUUAUGAGUCCCCUCCUGAGUAUGAGUUUUAGAUGGGCAAUCAGUUUAGGGGGAGUCCAUUGUUCGAGUUAGUUUUUGUUGGUUGUGUUCCUUCUGUCGUGGUUCUGUGUCUUUGAGUCCAAUAAGGGGGUUGAUAGCUAAUCCCUGUCUGAGUCAUGUGUCUGGUGUGUUUUCAUUUAAAAGAUCAAUAAAAUUAGCCUCUUUUCUUAAUCUUAUAGCACAGCAUCAGUUAUAAUGUUUUGGAACAGGCUGCACCAAUCGUUUGUUAAGAUGUGCAGAUUAUGUGAAAGCAGCAGAAGCAGGAGCGAAUUACAUGCUUAGGGGGAGAAUGUUAAGAGAAGCAGAUCGAUGUCAGUAUGUUGGCAUUCAGUGAGGACUAGCAGCAUGAAAGGAAAGAAAUUGUUGGCAUAAAUCAGACGAAUUCAAAGGAAUGUGGAAUUGGAAAGAACAGCAGACUUGCCAAAAGAAGUGGAGCGCAAAUUUGGUAAGAAGAAAAUCAUCUUCAACGGCUCGAAUGGGAGAGUGAUAUAUAUUGGGGGUUGAUUAGAGUUAGUGAUGUAGAAUUUUUCCCUUGGAUUCGUGAGAACAGAAGAGAGAGCUGGUGAAGCUAGAGUCUUUUGUGAGGUGUAAUCAGUAAAGCCAAUUGGGAAGAUUGGCUGGGAAAAAUCGAGGUGUUUGAACAAGAGGGUUAAACACUAGAGCAUAGCUUGGUAGAUUUGCAGGGAGCAGAUUAGGAGUUCACCAAGUUCUGUAAAAUACAAAACACUGAGAUAGUGCUUACGUAGAAGAUCUCAAGAAGAGAGUCUUCUACCGUGGAUUAGUCGAUAUUGGGAUCCUCAUUCUCCCAAUAUCGGAUACCACGUAAAAAUAUGGUUUGUGGGUGUGAGUGAGUUUGAUUUUGAUGUUGCCAUUGUUAUUGUUGUCUUACUCUGUUUUGCAGGAACAGAGCUCAGGGAAGAAGUCUCGGCUUCUUUAGGAAGAAGAAGACACAGUGAAGUGGGCUCAUACAGCAGGCCCAUUUCGUUCAGUUAGUAGUUGCAUCAUUCAGGGCUCAAAGCCUGCACAGGGUCGUUUUACCUAUCGACUAACGUUUUAUACACCUAAACCAAGAAUCAUUUUUCAUUUGUCCAAAUUAAUUAUUUCAUUACUCGAUUUCCUCACUUGGUCUUAGACUGCAAAAUUAGGGUUCAUUCACAGGAGUGAUCAUCGGAGAGAAGUCCGACCGUCUCGCGCUCGACGAUCCAACAUAUACAGUAUAGGAACAAUAUUGAGAUUUACUGUUGAUGAGCCUAAGGGAAGGAAUGUUUGGCUCUUGAGUGGUUAUGACAGGAGUUAAGUAUGUGUAUAUAAUAUAUAUUAGAUAUUUGG